AUGGUUCCCAUAUAUGAGCUGAAGAAGAUGCAAAGGGUUCGGAGACGGGAGUUUGAGCACUACGUGGAAAUACAAGGAAAGUAUGUCAACAUUUUGGAAGGGCUGGAGUUACAUACUAGAAUAUUGUCGGAGAGUGAUGAAAGGAAGAUAUUGGACUGCGUGUUUGACUUAAGGGAUAAAGGUCGAGUAGGCCUUUUGAGAAAGAGAAUAGAAGGGAAUCCCCUGUGGAUUAUAAGACAUGAAGAGGUGGAUCCCAUACCAUCAAAAAUAAAGAAAAUGAUUAAGAGGAUGGUGUCGUGGUGCAUACUGCCAGCUGAUUGCGUCCCCAAUAGCUGCACCAUCAAUAUUUACGUAGAAGGGGCCUGUAUUCCUCCUCAUAUUGAUCACCGAGACUUUCUGAGACCUUUUAGCAUCGUCUCAUUUAUUAGCAAAUGCAACAUACUAUUUGGAAUGAAGAUAUAUGUUGUUGGUCCGAGAGAAUUCAAAGGACUUAUCGAGAUUCCGCUACUGGUUGGAUCUGUACUCGAGCAGACCUGA